CAGCCCUCCAUGUCGUCACUAGCUUCUGAUAACCUCUCAUGUAACUACAUGAACUUUAACCUACAGCAGCCAUCAGAAGUUUGGAAGAGACAAUUCUUAGCGUGAUUAGCUGACUGGACCUGAAUGCAACUGAAAAUUUCAACAGAUAUUACAGUAUGUUAGGCUUGUUGCCACAUGAGUGAAGAUAUGUUGUGUACUUGACCAUGUUCGAUGUGUUCAUGUUAACGGUACAUGCAUGUUUGUAAUGCCAGCUAGGUGAUUUCAGGCUUCCUGAAAGAAGUGAACAUAACAACGUGACGUUGAUCCUUUGGUGUGUGUAUUGUGAUAAUUAAAAGCAUAAAUCAACAUGAAUGCGAUUGUGUAUAUUCUGUGUUGUCUGUUAAUUGUUGCAGGAGGUGAUACUGUUUCCUCCACAAGCGAAGAUAUCAGUGAGGAAGUGGCAGCUCUGAGUAAUGUGACUAUCUUCGGUGAGCAGAAGCUGAGCGAUCAGGUGCGAAUGAUCCUGGACCACUACAAGCAGGAAGAUCCUGUGGGACUCCCCGGCGCGCCAGUCUCGGAUCCCAUGCCAAUUCCGGAUAUGAAACAUUCCUUCACAUAUGCAACAAUGCAUUUCAAGUCAGCUCAUGUGCACGGUCUUAGCCGCUUUAGAAUCCAGCACAUAAAGUCCGACCUGGCAGCCUUGAAGGUGUCGGUGGGUUUGCGCAUAGAGAAGCUGGAGGUACUGGGGAACUACACGAUGUCUUCGUGGUUCAGUCGCUCCAGCGGUCCCUUCAAUGUCACUUUGUCCGACGUGUACAUCGAAGGUUUAGCCAAGAUGGAAGUUGAACGCGGCGGCCAGCUUCAAGCACAGAACAUCGACAUGGACAUAGCAUUCCGGGAUAUAGCAAUGAAUUUCGAGAACCUCGGCUUCCUGGGAAACCUCUUCCAGGGAAUCAUCAACUCCGUGGGGACCUUCCUGUUCGACAGCAUAAAGCCCUUCAUCUUGAGAGAGGUGAACACCAACAUUCGUGGCGACGUGAACAAGCACAUCCGGGCACUGCCACAGCGGUUCCCCAAUUCCAUCUCCCCAUUCGACAUGGCCCUCGCAGAGGGACGCCGUUACGUGCGUGAGAUGGGUUACGACCCGCAUCUCUUCCCAGAUUACAAUUACACUGUUGGGAUAUUCCGUAUUGACCUUACCAAUUCAUGGGCCUCAGGCAUAUCUUCCUUCUACAGAGUCGGCAAUGUGACUGUGACAAUGGAAGACAAUGUCCUGUACUUGGGAGUCCAUGUGGGAACGCAGAGGCUGGAAGGCAAGACCCUCUGGGAACUCAACGUAGGAGGAUUAUUGAGCCGCGCAGGAUCCUCCAGCUUCACGGUCGAGUAUAUCCAUACCGAGAUAGAAAUAAGCCAGCCUCUGGACACAAGGAAGAGACCCGUACUCAGAGAUCUGGAUAUUAAAGUUGGCAAUAUUCAGGUUCGUAUGGACGGCGCGGGAACUCUGGAUUACGUAAUUGAAUUCGUCGUAAAUGUUUUACCUAACCUCUUGCGCUACCAGAUAGUGAAUGCUAUAGAAGGGCCAUUGAAGACAAGAUUGCAGGAUAUUAUGGACUCGAUUGAUGUGGAGGAGGUGCUGGAAGAGAAACUCCCUCAGUUGGACAAACUGAAGCUCUAAGAUGUAGGGCUUCUGCAAAAGAGCUUUGUCUCAACUAGUUGGUGCAAAUAUAUGUUGGAAAUUUACGGAUUUGAGUUUCUGUGAUAUAUGAUAUACAUAUUAUAUAAAAGGAGUUGUAACCGAUUUACUUUAACAAAUUCUCAGCUGUCGGAAGUUUGUAACUAUGAUUAAGUGCUCUCUCUCCUAAAGUAACUUGUAACAAUAUUGUUCCAUAAAUUCAUGCUUUGUGAUGAACUGAACCCCGAGCUGAGAAGUCCUACCGUCUAUCAAAAGAGAACUUGGAAUGUUUUUAAAAGACUGAGGAGACCAAAUAUCGAAUCGAGCAACUAGACCAAGAACUUUCCAAUUCUCAUUGCCAGUAGAUAAUUUGGCUGUCGUUGGACCGUCGUAGUUGAUCAAUUUCUGUGUUCCUUCAUAUUGGUAAGGGCCAUACGGUUGUUUCCUCCUAACCCCCCCCCCCGUAUUAAAAUGGCCUUUCUUGUAGAUUUAGCCAAAAUGUAGUUGAAACCAGCGGACGGACAGAGAGCCGUAUCCCAAACCGACCGUCGAGAAUAAGUGGUUGUAACUCCUGCUUCCUAUUUGGGAGGUUUUCUGACGCAGUGACUACUCUGUUUUCGCACAUAAUUUUUGUGAAUUUCUUUAUUGCCUUUAAACAGUUGUUAAGUGGCGGCUUUGGGAAGUCCAUAGUGGCUUAUUUCCACACCUUGCCCACUAUAUUAUUGUCUGCAGUCAUGCAAAUGGAGGCUGCAUGAAAUAUUCAGUCGAGAAACAACUUUAAAUAAAUAACAAAGUAUAAGGCACGAUAUUUCCAUGAUAUGUUCACUUUAUGCAUGAAAGGAUGUUUUGUUUAGUUCAGGCGAUGAAAUGUCGGCCACAAAUAACGCACGCUAGAAGUCAGCGAGUUUUUAAAUCGCUUUCGGCAUAAAAUGCUGUGCUUCCAAAUGAGUGUGUUGCUUCUCGUUUCGUCACUGUUUGACCACCUGCGGCCCGGCGCUUUGAUGAAAUGUCGGCACUGGUUGAUCGAGUGCUCCCUUUAGGGUGGUCUAAAUUGCAGUACUAUUUCUCUCUGUCCAUUCAUGUUGUUAUUUACCACAGGAGGUAAAUCAUUUCGCCCUCAAUCUGCCUAUAGAUAUUGGUGUAUGUACGCUCAGGUUUCAGCGUACAGAAAUAAACUGUUUCGUACCGCAGUAAUUUAGUGUGUAUUUGAUUGUCAGUGGAGGUGAGAAGGUUAAUUUGCAUGUCCCAGUGCGAUCUUGAAGGAAGAUUCCCCAAGUCGUUCUCAAAACCUGAUAUUGAAUAGAAAUUAAAAAAAAACAUCGGUUCUCAAGUUCGGACGAGAGUUUUUUUUUUCAGGUUUCAAGUAUUGUUAAAUUUCAUUCAGUCAUGGGGUUUCUUUUCUUCUGCCCGGCCUAGCUUGAUUUCUAGCUUUUUAUGCAUUUUAUUCAUAUCGGGCUUAAAGGCUUCGGUUGCAGCCUGACAUUUGUAGUGAUAUACACAGGUAGCCUACUUGCCAAAUAAAAAUAUUUAACGAUGUUUCUAAGAAAACGUAUCAUAAUAUUCAUUUAGCUAAUGCAAGGUACUAAUUAAAGAUUUCUGAUUUCUUUAAAGAGAGAAAAUAACGGAUCAUCAGCAUAAACUGUGUGUUUCAUAAGUUCCACAUAAUAUUAUCAGGCAGUGUAUGUUAGCAUAACUAUUUUCCAGUGAAAGCAAAGGCCUAAUUUUAAAUGCACUUACGAAAAUUGGUUGUCACCAUUUUUAAAUUAAGAAGAAAAUUGAAUUUUACUGUUAAAGAUUCUCCUCGCCACGUUGGUACUCUAUAACACAUUAAGAACUUUGCGUGAAAAACGUUUACACGCGUUUGGAAUAUUCUGUCACAUUAAAGAUUAUGUCUUCACUAAAUCCGUAAAUAUCUCGCACGGUCCCAUGUUGUUUCAUUCAGUUUAUAUAAAUAUAAUGUGUCUGUAAGGUAUUUUGUUAUCAAACAAGCAACGGGAUAGUGCGCUGAAUGUUAAUCACUUUUCCUGCCAUUUUAGAUUUAUUAAGCUACGCAUUUAUGCGUGUUUUAGUGAAGAGCUAUCUCUAACGGACUUGUGGAAACAGGUCAAUACGUUGAAAACUACUCGAAAACGAGGAUAAAGUAUAUUAAAAUGCAUGGCAAUGAGAAGAAAACAUCGGAUUGACUGCUGGGAGGAGAAGAUAGAGGCCUGUAAUAGGUGCAGUGACACGUGGCGGAGAACUAAUGAACUUUGCGGUCGUAGUUUCAACGAAACUUUUUAUUUCUACAUAUUUGUUGUACGAUUUGUUUCGGAAUAAACUGCUAAAUAAGUCUU